AUGCCACGGCCCACGCCCCAACCCGGAGUGGAGCUCUUCCGCUGCAUGCUCGCCUUCCUCCUGUUCUUUAUGGUGGUCUAUAUCGCCGUUGCGCCCAAGCAGAUGAUCAAGGUGAACCCCGAGAUUGCGGCCGUCUCGUUCGGCGCCCUCACAACCCUCGUCCCGCUCUACGUCGUCUUCCUCCAGUGCUGCCCUCUCCCCUACGCUAUCAAGCCUCUCAUCGCGACCGACGUGCUCUGCGGCGCCUGCUGGGCCGCCUCCACCGUGCUGCUGCCGUACUGGGAUCGCAACGUCCGCUACAUGUCGUGGCCGGGGGACCCGGAGUGGUCCUUCGAGUGCACGAGUGCGGCCGAGCGGGAGGAUUUUGUGUUGCUGACGGCCGGGGAAGACUAUGUCCAGUACAUCAACAUCAUGUAG